AUGGCACCCACCAAGGAAUACGAGCAUGAGCUCAAAGUUGCCCAGCUGGCCGUCGCCCGUGCCGCCAUCUUGACCAAGGCAGUCUUCCACGAGAAGGCCAAGGGCACCGUGUCCAAGGACGAUAAAUCCCCCGUGACGAUCGGCGACUUUGGCGCCCAGGCGCUAAUCAUCGCCGCCAUCAAGCACAAUUUUCCUAAUGACGAGGUUGUCGGCGAAGAAGAAGCUUCCUCUCUCCGUGAACAGAAAGACCUCUCAUCCAAGAUCUGGAACCUUGUCAAGGAUGUUCGACUGGACGAUCCGUCCAUCGAUGCCGUGCUCGGCGGACCGCUCAAGUCUGAAGAGGCAAUGCUCGACGCCAUCGAUCAAGGCAACUCGGCCGGCGGCAACAAGGGCCGCAUUUGGGCGUUGGACCCCAUUGAUGGCACCAAGGGUUUCCUCCGCGGCGGACAGUAUGCCGUGUGUCUUGCCCUCAUGGUCGACGGCGACGUUAAAGUCGGGGUUCUAGGCUGCCCGAACCUGCCAGUCGAUGACUCGGCUCCACUCACAGAGGACAUGGGUGCCGCGGCCACCGACGCGGAGGGGAAAGGAGUUCUCUUCUCCGCUGUGCAGGGUCAGGGCGCGACCUCGCAACCCCUGACAAGAGGUCUCCCAACAAAUGGUCAACCGAUCCAUGUGAGCAAGAUCUCCAAGGUGAGCGAGGCCGUCAUGUGCGAGUCGGUUGAGCCGGGCCACUCGAGUAAAGGCGACAACGCACUGAUCGCGGAGAAGCUGGGCAUCACGGGCCGCCCUGUGCAGAUGGACAGCCAGGCCAAGUACGGCAGUGUGGCCCGCGGAGCUGGGGACCUCUACCUCCGCCUGCCCGUGCGUAAGGACUAUAUUGAGAAAAUCUGGGACCACGCUGCUGGCGACCUGAUCGUGCGCGAGGCCGGCGGCCAGGUCACCGAUGUUACUGGCAAGAGACUCAACUUCAGCCUCGGCCGGACCCUGCUCGAGAACAAGGGCGUCAUUGCGACUCCGGCCAACGUGCACGCCGAGGUCCUCAAGGCUGUCCAGGAAGUAUUGGCGGCGAAAUAG